CGCUAGCUAGCUCGGUCGAAGCGCGUCUGGCGGCUCGCCGCCUCCGAUGACGUCACGCGAAGCAGAGCAAAACCAUGGAAACGGACGGGGAAGCCGUCAGUGCAAGCUCCGUCGUCCGUGCCGACGCCGCUCCACGCUCGGUCCGACCUGCUGCCUCGGCGGCGCAUAGCUGGCGUUGCUCUGCGGUGUCGUCGAGUGGAGUGCGCCGCAGCCGCCGUCGGACGCGCACACGCCGCUAAGCCUCGCCCAGCACUCGCCAGAUUUGAGCCAAGCUUGAUUUUCGACGUCUUCAGGGAACGUUUGACGAUUAAUAUAGCGCACAGUGACGGAAAUUCGACAGCUACGGUUUCUGAAGCUUUUCCAGUGUUAUUACUUCACUACAAGAAAACAUGGGCCUGCCUAAGUUCAAGAUCAUGCUCCACAGUCACCUGGAAGGACAUUUGCGGCACACCACCAUCUGGGAGCUGGCUCAGGCAAAGAAUAUCGACCUAGGUUACAGCAGUCUUCAAGACAUCAUCCUGAAAACCCAGCCGGAGCGAGGCAGCACCCUUCAGAACUACCUCAAGGAGAUGCCGAAUUUUCUCAGGGUUGUGGCGGGCGACCGCGUCGCUCUGGAGCGGGUCGCCUUCGAGGUGGGCGAGGACCAGGCGAACCAGGGAGUCAUAUACAGCGAGAUGCGACUCUUCCCCCACCUGAUGGCCUGCCAGCACACGACGCUACAGCUCAGCGCAGGAACCCCAACUGUCCGCACGGCCGCCGACGCGGUCGAGGCAGUGCUCGAAGGAUUCCGGCGAGCCGAGAAAGAGCACGGCAUCAUGCUGAGGCUGGUGCUCGCCUGCUUCAGGGACAAACCGGAGUGGGCGGAGGAAGUGGUCAGCCUGUGCCACGAGUACCGCAAGCAAGGCGUCGUCGGAAUGGACGUGUGUGGAGUGUUCGCACCCAAGAGGACCGAAACGGAGGGGGAGGAGAUCCUGCAUCCUGAAGUCAUCAAGGCGUUCCAGAGGGCAGCCACCCUGGGCGUGCACCGGACGGCGCACGCGGGCGAGGCAGGCCCGGCCAGCAACGUCUCCAGGGCCAUUGAGGAACUGCGCACGGAGCGCAUCGGGCACGGUUACGCCGCUAUGCGCGACGGAGGCGCCCCCUUGAAGCUGGCGCUCGACAGGGGCAUCCACUUCGAGGUCUGCCCCAACAGCAGCUACCUCACCGGAGCCGUGAGCCCCGGAGAGAGGCAUCCCAUGCUCUGUCUACGGGACCACUGCGCUAGCUACUCGUUGAACACGGACGACCCAACCAUCACGCACACGAGAAUCUCGGACGAAUACCAACUGGCGCUGAAGCUGGGAUUCCGGCCCGAUGACAUCUUGGAGUCGAACCGGGCCGCCAUUGAGGCAUCCUUUCUUUCGCCGGAGGAGAAGAGGGAGCUGCGGAAGAAGUUCGAACGACUCAACGCCUCGUCGAGCACGAGCUGCUGCUUCUACGACCACAGCCCGAGAAAAAGCGUUAAAAACGGCGACGUCUCGCCGAACCAAUUGGCACCUAACAACGCCAUAGUUAGCCACUAAUAUGUGGCGAACGCAACAACAUGUCUCCCUCAGCGUCUUAUCUGGAAAAAUAAGUAAAUAAAUAACAAGAUGACGGCCGGUACUACAGACCAGGGCUGCAGACGUGUGGGGUUUUGAGUCGCUUUUCUUUGUUUGUUUUGACGGAUGGGAAAUAAUUGACACAGCAUGAAUAAAAUAAACAUGCAUAUUUGAUAGAACGCAUUAAUACACCAGCAAAUACAAACCAGGGCCGCGGACGUGUGGGGUGUUGAGUCGCUUUUCUUUGUUUGUUUUGAGGGAUGGGAAAUAAUUGACACAGCAUGAAUAAAAUAAAGAUGCAUAUUUAAUACAACGAAUUGAUACACCAGCAAAUGCUAUUAGUGGCAAGGGAUAUUACUAUCGUCUCUCGGCACAGUUGGGGCUUUCGACAUUCCUGAGAGGCCAAAGAGACUUCCGUGCAUCAAGCGUUUGUUCCGCAGAUUGGUCUACACUCUGCUAUUUAUUCAUUUAUCUCAUCUCAAAGUACCUUACAUGCCCCAAGGGAAGCAUUGAGUAAGAGGGGCGUCGUUGAACAAACGACAACAGAAAACCGAUACAAGAGAGCUAAAAAUGUGGCAGGUAAAUAUGUUUACAGCGAUAACGUGCUUGAAAAACAGUGUUACAAGUAAAAAAGGGAAAGCAAUAGAAAGAGUUGUCAGGAAAGGAAUGAAAAGCACAGUUCACGGUACAUAAUAUAAAAAGCGGCGCAUCACUCGCGAAAAAUAACGCACAUAGCGCGAGCACAUAAAACAAACAACAAAAUUGAAAUUAAAAAAAUGUGAAAGAAUAAGAAUGCCCAGAAAAAGAGACAAUUCAACCCGGCCUACAGAACGGCCGCCCAGUUUGUUCUUACUGAAGUUUGUUCUUCUUCUGAAUCUGUGCGCGUCUGAAUCUGUGUGUGUUGGAAUCUGUCUGCGUUAUGGUGUCACCACGAGCGUUAGGUUGAGAAAGAAAGCCACCAUAGCCCAUUCAAUGUGUAAAUGUAAAAUAAAGAAAUAAAGAAGUAAUAGCAAA